AUGCUGUCGGGGAGGCCCGGAGCCCGGAGCGCGGUCACGGGGCUGGGCAUUGAAUCCUCGGACGCCCACGGCAGAGCCCCCCUCAACCCUCGGGAGAGCGGCGGGCGUCACCGACCUGGCGCUUACCUAGAUAUGAAAAUCCAUCUAGAGAAAAAUUUAGAAGAAGAACGCCAAAUAUUACUGCAGCAACAAAAAAUAUGUCGAAAUCGAGCACGUAAAUAUUUUGUGGAGUCAAACCGGAGAAAAAAAGCCUUUGAAGAGAAACGAAAAGAACAAGAAGAAAGAGAACACCAAAUCAGAGAAAAAAUACUUCAACAAAGAAAACAGAAGUUUGAAGAAGUUACUGAAAAAUUCCAACGUGCCCAUAUUCCUCUUUCACAGCGGAGGAGAGCAGUUUUUCACAAACCAGUUCCUCCAUUGGAAGAGGCCCUUAAACAAAUUCAGGAAUCAAAUUUAAAACCAGAAGUAAACCUUCCCUUUUCCCACAGAUCAACAAUAAACUGGAGAGCUAUAAAUUCUGCCUUGCCUUCAGCAUUGUCAAAAAAUGAUCACGAGCAUCAGAAACAUCUUUUAUCCAAAAUCAAUUGUGGUAAAGAAAUGAAGGAAAACAGCAGGGCAAACAUGGCUGCUAACAAAAAUGUGUUUCAGCGUAAACUAGAGGAAACUCAGAAACUCCUAGAAGAUCAGCAUCUAAGCAGUUUGCAAAAAUUUUGUGAUGAAGUUAAUCAAAUAACCAAUUCUGAAACCCUCUCAAGUAUAGACAGUCUUGAGGCUGGAGAGCAUGAAGAAAUAUAUUUAACACUUAAUAUGGAGCCUUCCACAGUAAUCCAGCCGAAUUCCAUUUCCCUCAGAUCAGCAAAUCUGCAAUCAAUUAAUCUAAACUGCUUUGAUGAGCAUAAACUGUCAUUCUCUAAAACUCAACAUAUAAAUAAUUGGCUUACAAAUGUAGAUGAUCCAUUAACUCAGAUUGCCACACCUUCCUCAGAUAUUUUAAGUAAAUCUAGUGUUCUACCUUCAUGGGAACAUUUUAAUAAUAAAGAACAAAACUCAGCUACUUUGAGUAGAACUGUGGAAAGAACCACAAAUACUGCUAAUAAUUCAGUAGCCUUUGUGUAUAGUCCACCCAUAUUUGUACUAGAUAAAAAAAUGGAAAAGACCUCUGAAACUAGCAGUAAGAGGACAACUGACUCUUCUGGAGUAUUCAAAAGUGAGAAGCCAUUAGCUACUGAGAGCCCAACAUUUAAAUUCAGUAAAGCCCAGACCACUCCAGAUUCUCUAACCCAGGAAGUGGCUACAUUUUCAGACCAAGAGAAAUAUUCUGAAUUAACUCAAGAAAAUAGAACUACUUCAAUUCCUACUUCAUUUGUACCAGAGGCAACGCCUUUAGUUUUGCCAUCUAAUACACAAUCAGCUAGGCUUUUAGCAAAGAACAGUAUAGACAUAAAAGAAAUCAACCCAGUGCAGUGUUCUGAUAAAUUAGACGAAUUGAAAGGUGUUAAAGGUGAAAAGAUAAAAUAUUUUAAUUGUAAUAAGGAAGACUUGCCUUUAUUUCCAGACAAAUUUCAAACUGCUUAUAUACCUCACAAUCCUGAUUUAAAAGAUAAAAAACAAAAAAUAGCUGAAACAUCAACAUUAUUGUCUAAGGUAAUUUCUGAUCAUGACUUAGUUGGCCAGCAUAUGAAAAUGAAGUACAACAUUCAUGACAGAAAUAAUGUGAGGUUUCUUAAAAGUAUUUUAAAGAAAGAAUCUAAAUAUGAACAUGAUUAUCUUAAGGCACUAAUUGUAAAUCAAGACUUUACAUUUGGAAAUCAAAAAGCAGCAGCUAUCAGAGAUAGUAUUGAAUUAACAAAGGAAAAAGAAAAAGGUGCAGAAAUCCCAAAGACUAUUAAAAAAUUGAGGUGGUUUGAUGAAACUGGCAAUAGAGAAAACAAUGCUGAAGACAAUCAUUUACUAAAGAAUAGAACAGGAACACCUCAACAGUGGUCUCAACAAUUCCACAUGAAAAGUGGUUCUGGCAGCAACAUAAUUAGUGUCCCGUCUUGUGUUGUAAAUGCUGCUGAUAGAAAAAAAUCUAAGGUUGAUUCUGUCUCUGAAAAUGUUGCUGCUUUUGAUGGAUUUGGAACAGACCACGUGCCUUUGAACUGUUUUAUGCCUUCGGGUUAUGACUUUGCUAACCAAGCCUGGCCAGCCUCAAAAAAAGAGGAAAGUAAAAUCCUCGUACAUAACAAUGAUUCUAAAACUCAGAAAGGUAAUCCUCAAAGAGGUGGAGCAAAAGUAAUUAGAAGAACAAGAUCUGCAAAAGUCCAAUCAGGCUUUAUAUAUACGAACAGAAAAGGCAGUGUCAUUCAACCACAGUCUGCAAGCAAAGCCAACACAUUCAUGCAAGCUCAGGGUAAACUAAUCAUACCUCAUCCUCCUAAAUCUACAUCAAAUAUUAGAAGUGGUAAACAUAUACAAGUGUCUCAGUGUCAAUCAGUAAUGCCUGAAAAUUCUCAAAACAUUGUUACACAUAACUGUUGUAAUUCAAAACAUGUGCUUCCGACAGAACACAAUUUGAAUCAGUGGAAUCAAGAAAGUAAUCAUCCAAUCUCAGAGGCUUGCUCUGACCUAGUCACUGUGAUACCAUCUCUGCCAUCUUAUUGUUCUUCUGAGUGCCAUACUUUAGCAAAAAUAAAUCAUUCAAAUGGCACUCAAAUGGCUGCCCAGCAAGGUGGGGCAUUAUAUUGCACCCAAAGAAGUCCUGUUUGUGAAGAAAGUUAUCAGUCUGUGACUCUUAGAACUACUGAAGAAGACUCAGUUCCCUUGAGGAAAAGAGGGGAUAGUAUCCUGUGUCAAAAUGAGAGGGUUACUGAUUUUACUAUUAUGAGAAGAAAACGAAUUAUUGAAAAGAAGCAAAGUCUUUUAGAGCAGAAAAGACAAAACCCUGGAUCUGUAGGACAGAAGUACAAUGAGGAAAUGAAUAAUUUUGGGCAAAGUGUCCAGCUAAGUUCAAGUGAGCCAAAACAAACUACGAGGGGUACUUCUAAUAUGGAAGAAGUUUCAGAUAGUACUUCUGAGUUUUUGAUGGCUGAAAACCUAGUGAAAGCUUCCAUGCCUGAGGAUGAAAUCCUCUCUGUCAUGAACAGCAAGCACUUACAGACACCAAGUCUGGCUUUAAAUAAGACCCAGCAAUUCAACAUCUGUGCACUAUCAGCUGAAGAACAGAAGAUCCUACAAUCUCUUGAUCAUCUCAAUAAAAGGUUACAGUAUAUACAAGAAACCUUUAGCAAAAAUCCAUCCAUCAAAAAUACUUUACAAGUAAUACCACUUCUGAACAGACAGCCAAAGGCCAGUCUAUCUCCUAAUGUUGGAUCCAGAUUGCAAAGAAAAUACUGA